AUGGCACCUACAGAAAAUGGAGAUGAACGAGGUGGACAAGGAAGACCACCAGGUAGUAGUAAUAAUAAUAUACUUUUUGAUCAAUCAAAAAAUGAACAAAUAUCAUUAACAAGUGGAUUUAAAAAAUUACAAAUGCAUCUUAAAAAUUGGAAAUUAUCAAAUCAUCGUGAAGAAAUUACUGCCGAACGAUUAACGCCAUUUCGUGUAUUUAUUAUUGCUAAUCCAAGAGAAAAAUUUACACCAGGAGAAUAUGAAUCAAUGAAACGAUAUAUUGAUAAUGGUGGAAGUAUUUUAUUAACAUUAAAUGAAGGUGGUGAAGGACGACAAAUGACAAAUAUUAAUACCUUUCUUAAAAAUUAUGGCAUUGAAGUUAAUGAUGAUAGUGUUAUUCGAGCCGCAUAUUAUAAAUAUUUCUAUCCAAAAGAAGCACUUAUUCUUGAUGGUGUUCUAAAUCGAGCUGUAGCUGAAAAUGCUCAUUUAAUUGCAUCAAAUGCACCACCAACAACAAAAAGCAAAAAAAGUCAAAAUGCUGUUGUUGUUGAUAAAUCAUUACGUGCUCAAGUUGCACGAUCACUUGAAUUUGUUUAUCCAUUUGGUGCGUCACUCAAUGUUCAACCACCAUCUGUACCUGUACUAUCGACUGGUUCAACAUGUUUACCAUGUCAAAGAUCGAUUUGUGCUUUUUAUACUUCACCAUCAAAAAGUGGAGGUCGAUUAUGUGUUUGUGGUUCGACAAUGAUAUUUCAUGAUAAUUAUUUAGACAAAGAACAAAAUCGAAGAUUAUUGGAUGUUAUUGUUGAAUUUCUUACAAAUUCAUCGUUUCGUUUAAAUGAAAUUGAUGCCGAAGUACCUGAUGUAAGUAAUAAACAUCGAUUGAACAUAAUCAUAGCUUAAAAAUAUAUGAUACUUGAGAAAGUUCGUUCGUCAGCUAUGGCUACUCUCAUUUGAUACAAGUGAAAAUUUUGUGUAGGUCUUCAUUCUAUAUAUUUAAGUUUCGUUUUCAUUUGAAAGAGUAUGUCAGAAUACCAGGCACUGUAAUAUCUACGUAUGUACCAAGUUCAAGUAGCUCAGGCUCAUUCAGACUUGGACACAUAUUCUAGUCUAAAAUAUGUAACUCGGUAUGUUGUUUCUCGAAUAAUGUUCUUUUAUUUUCAUGCAGUUGAAUGACAGAUGUAUCUUUUCUAACUAGCCAGUGUUUCUUAAAAGUAAAGAAAUAUUCAUGUUGAAACUCAACAUUUUUCUUUCACUAAUGUAUAGAAACUAUCGUAUAUGCAAACUGAAUUUUGAACUGUGCUUACUUUGAAUACAUUCAUUGUUGUACAAGAAUGAAUUUCAAGUGCAAACAAUGUAGUACUAUUUACACAUAGCAAAAAAAAGUAAUAGAAUACUUAAACAUCGAGUUGCUUUGUGUAGGUUUGGGCUCAGUACGAAAUUAGCAGCUUUACAUGCUCUUUCAAAGAGAAUGCAGAACAUGACAAAAAUCAUCGGAAAUUUUUGAAUAAAAUGAUGCGACGAAUAGAUUUAACCCUCUGAGCCCCGGUGGGAUACAUAUGUCCCACCUUGAGAAUUUUCAAAUCUUCCGAUUUUUGAGAAUCUUGGGGAAAUAUUUUUAAUGCAUGUUGGAAGCUAGGAGAGAUCCGUACAAAACUAUACGGAUGAUAGAGUGUAUGGAAAACAUUAAAAAGUACAUCGUGCUAUGUUUUUUAGUGCCACCACCCCACCCCCCCUCCCCCCACCCCAUGGCGGUCUCUGCUCCCG